GUGUAUUUAUUUUAAUUAAAUUAAAAAUAUUAAAAUGGCAAAAACUAAAAUUGAGGAUGUCGAUUUAUAUGCUAUCCUUGAUCUUACUAUCAGCGCCACAGAAUCCGAGAUCAAGAAAGCAUACCGCAAGAAAGCACUACAGUGCCAUCCAGACAAAAAUCCAGAUGACCCAAAAGCAGCAGAAGCAUUUCACGAGCUCUCAAGGGCUUUGGAGAUCCUUACCGAUGCCGCCGCACGGUCCGCUUAUGACAAAGUAUUGCGCGCGAAAGAAGCUGCAAAACUCAGGCAUAAAGAACUCGACAGUAAGAGGCAGAAGCUCAAAGAAGACCUGGAAAGGAGAGAAAGGGAGGCUAUGUCUGGGUCGGGAAUGAAUAAUCUUACAGAUGAGCAAAAACUGGCUGCUGAAAUACAAAGAUUGCAGAGGGAGGGUAGUAAACUUCUGCAGGAGGAACAAAAGAGAGUUAAAGAAGAAAUACAGAGAAGCCUUGGCCGUCUUACGGAGCCUGUGUGGGAUUCUAGUUUAAACAGAAUCAAGAUUAAAUGGAAAGCAGAUAAAACAGACGAAAGCAAUGGUGGUUACGAUGAGGCAAUAUUGAGAAAGUUUUUGAAAAAGUAUGGUGAUAUUGUGGCUUUAAUUGUAUCACCUAAGAAGAAAGGGAGUGCUUUAGUAGAGUUUGCUAAUAAGGAGGCUUCAGACAUGGCCAUUGAAUUUGAAAAAGGUUUACCAGAAAACCCUCUCACAUUGCAGUGGCUGAAUGAGAAACCUGUACUAACCACAAAGCGGGAAGCUCCAGGGCCCUCACUCGUUUCAGACAGGGACUAUGAGUCACUAGUGAUGACGAAGAUGAGGCAGGCAGCAGAGAGGCAGAGGCUCAUAGAAGAAAUGAAAAAAGAAGAGUCUUGACGAACUUAAACAAAUAAUUGUUUAA